CUGAAUCAGCUAGUCAUGGGGACUUGCAUUUACCUUGGAGCUGUGAUCCUUGCUGUUUUUAUUGCAGCUGGUGCUGAGCCAGAUAUUAAAGUUGUCUGUGCAAGAGACUCUGUGAAAGUUAAAUGGAGGGUUUCUUCUCCCUUUGUGCCGUAUGCUGCUCGUCUUUUCCUAGGAAGUUGCAUGCCAUCCAAGUGGCAACUUCUACCCUCUGGUGAUGGGGAGGCAUUUUUUGACUACAAGUUCUCUGAAUGCAAAUUUACUAAACAGAUAAAAGGAAAAAAUGUAGUUUAUAGGAAUGAACUCAGCUUCAGGCCACAAGCAAAGGGAAGGCCCGUUGUUUUUAAGCAGCCAAUUGAAUGUGUCUAUAAGAGGCCUGAGGGUUGGAUUCCUCCAUUCUUGAAUCCUGGAUCUGGUGUGUCUGAGGGUCACAGUAAUCUGGUUUUUCACAUGGCGCUGCUCAAUGAACAACUAACCGGUGUGGCAAAGACAAAUGUGAUCCCCUUGGGUUCAUUCAUGCCUAUAUGGGCAGCAGUGGAGCAGAAGUCCCAUCAGCCACUUCUGCUGCUCAUGGAUGAAUGUGUUGCAGCCACCACACCAAAACUGGAUCCUGGCAGCCAGGUUCACCAAAUUGUUGGAAAUCACGGUUGUCUCCUUGAAAGCAAACGAGGGAGUGCAGUGUUCCUUCCACGGUACCAUUCAUCUGCCAUUAUCCUUUACAUUCAGGCCUUCAACUUUGGACUUGGUGAUGAGGUCUACAUCCACUGUAAUCUGGUUGUAUGGGAUGAGGGUGCUCUUGGCCAGAGUAGAAAAGCUUGCCAUGUAAAAGACCAUGGAAGUUGGGAACUGCUUGAUGAUCCAUCACGAAGCUCUGUCUGUAGCUGCUGUGACUCAGUCUGCAGUUCAAAGGCCAAAAGAUCAGUCGGCGAGUCUGGUACAUCAGGCUACAACACAGUGUUGGGACCAUUGGUGAUAAAAGACCUGUCUGCUGCAUCUAAUGCUACACUAGUUGGAUCUCUCCCUGGAAGAAGUCUGUAGCGGCUGAACACGUGAAGGAAAAGUCUCUGUCGGAGUGAAAUUUCAGCUGUAGUCUGUAUGCUUUAAUCCAAAUAAAGUUUCUUUAAAUCUUUA